AGUGUUGGCUCCAUCGACGACUCGAGUAGUGGAGACGCAAGCGAAGAUAUGGCUGGGGAGUGGAUACCCAACGGGAGAAGUCCUGAGGGCGCGAUGGACCCAGCAAGGAGGUCCGCCCACGCAGUGUGGCCAAAUGAGGUUGCCAAUGUGAUCGAUAACACACAGUCGGCUCGUAUGGGUGGUGCUUUGGAAGCGGAGAGUGAUGCCUCGGUGGAACGAGAGGCUGCCUUGGAUUGGCGGCCAUCUCUAUUUGCUAGGCGGUCCUUCAACGCUGCUGCUGCUGCUGGGUCGGCUCGUGUGCACGAGCGUAAGGAGGCAGAGGUGGAUGUGGGAGGAAAGGCGGAAGUCAGGGAGAGUAGCGACUCUACGGGUACCGAGCCGAGUCGGGGAGAAAGGAUGGAGCAAAAGCUCAGAAUGUCGACAAGCUUCGACUGGGCUGAGGAAACGAGUGAAGAUGAAGAUUUGGGACUUGCUAGCCCUUCAGUUGCGCAGUCCCACCUGGAGGCCGAAAGCGAACUUCAGACGAAAGCGCUUAUUCCGAUGCUCCCUGGUAAUAGGAAGGGCCAACGAUCGAGCGGGCGAAAUCGCCGGAACUCGCUGCCACAGAAGGUCUCAGCCAGAAGAGCGGACUUUGAAGUGGCAACCGGGCGAUCAACAUACAGCCAUUAGGCGAGAAGUCAAUCAUCAGUGGGAGCCCAUUUUACCUCAGUCGUCGAUGCUCUCUUGUAUGAACGGCUGCUAUUCUGGAUGUUUGGAGUUGGUACCCUCCUUACUGGGUACUUGAAGACCUGGCCGGGCUGAAGGAGGCCCGUCGCUAGCUGCACUGUCGUUGUAACUUUAUUGUCCUAUGCUACAUACUCCUCGGUGGUUGAUUAGUGUUUCGAUUUGUGAUUCUUCAAAGUCCGAGAGAUUCUGUAGUGCAUUUAGCC